AUGAACAGUUAUUUCAUCAGGUUUUUGUUUGCAAUAUCAGUGUGGUUUUUGCAUUUCCACGUAUCCAUUCUUGGAUUCAUCUCUCAAUCACAGAACUCACACGUGACAUGCAUUGCGAGGGAAAAAAGAGCACUUCUCAACUUCAAACAUAGCCUCCGAGAUUACUAUGGCAUACUGUCUACAUGGAGGAAUGAUGAGAAUGAUGGAGAUUGCUGCAAAUGGAAAGGCGUAGAAUGCGACAACGAAACAGGUCUUAUAUACAUGCUUCAGUUGCAACAUUUGAGCGGUGUAUUUAACCUCACUUCAUUGAUUGAAUUGCAAAACAUUCAACAUUUGGAUGUAACCUUAUGUGAAUUCAGUGACAGUCAGAUACCAGAAAACAUGGGCUCCUUCAAACACUUGAGAUAUCUCAAUCUAUCAUUUUCAUGGUUUGCCGCGACUAUUCCUUAUUCUCUGGGAAAUCUCCCAAAGUUGGAGUAUCUUGAUCUAAGAAACAGCUAUGGUAUCAGUGGAGAAAUCCCCUCUCAACUAGGGAAACUUAUAAGUUUACGAUAUCUAGAUCUAAGUUACAAUGAUUUCCGUGGAGAAAUUCCNGGUNAACUUAGAAAUCUCACCCAAUUGAGGUAUCUUGAUCUUUGGNAGAUUGGACUUUCUGGAGCAAUACCGUUCCGGGUUGGGAAUCUUCCUUUCUUGCAAACUCUUAGACUUGGAGGUCAUUUUGAUCUAUCAAUUAAGGAUGCAAAAUGGCUAUCUUCUCUCACUUCAUUAGAUACUCUUGGCCUAGAUUUAUUGCCUCUUAGCUCCUCUCAUCACUGGCUAAAAUCGAUUCGAGAGCUUGUUCCUAACUUAAGAGAGUUGAGGUUAGUUUCUUGUAGUCUUUCAGAUCAUAAUAUUUCAUCUUUGUUUCAUUUUCAUUCCAACCUUUCUACCUCUCUUUCCUUCCUCGAUCUCUCUGAUAAUAUGCUGCCAUCAUCAACAUUUUCAUUGUUGUUCAACCAUAAUAGUAUUGUCUUUCCACCUCCUCAAGGAAAUUUAAUCUUCUGCCCUAAACUACAAGAACUUUAUCUAGCAAAUUGCCGCCUUACUGAUGAAAGUUUUCUUGUGCCAUUCGCUUCAACAAGUAAUUUUUCAUCUUCUCUUGUCACUCUUGAUCUCUCCGGUUCUUGCAAACUGGGUCCUAGUUUCCCGAGUUGGCUCCAAAAUCAAAAUCGCUUAGAGUUUAUGGACAUUUCUGAUGCUGAGAUUGAUGACUUUGUGCCAGAAUGGUUUUGGAAUAAGCUACAGUAUAUAAGUGAGUUGAACAUGUCUCACAACCGUCUUAAAGGAACUAUUCCAGACAUACCAAUCAANCUUACUAAUCAUGGUGGAGCAUUUAUAUUUCUAAGUUUAAAUCAACUUGAAGGUGAAAUUCCAUCUUUUUUAUCACAAGCUUCCAUGUUGGAUCUAUCCGGCAAUAAGAUUUCAGAUCUAGGCAUGUUCUUCUGCAGAAAAAGCACAACCACAUCAAUGUAUACUCUAGAUUUAUCAAAUAAUCAAAUAAAGGGACAGCUGCCCAAUUGUUGGGAACAUCUAAAAGGUUCAUUACAAUUUCUCGAUCUCAAAAAUAAUAAAUUGUCAGGAAAGAUUCCACAAUCUAUGGGUACUCUUGUUAAUUUGCAAUAUCUGAUCCUACGAAACAACAAUUUAACUGGAGAACUACCGUUCACAUUGAAAAGCUGCACUAAAUUAACUGUAUUAGACGUAGGUGAAAAUUUGUUGUCUGGUGCAAUACCUUCAUGGAUUGGAGAAAAUCUGCAACAAUUGAACAUUUUGAGCUUACGAUUAAAUAACUUUUCUGGAAGUGUUCCAGAACAGAUCUGCUAUUUGAGGCAAAUUCGUCUCUUGGAUCUUUCAAUGAACCACUUGUCAAGAGGAAUUCCAACGUGUCUGAGAAAUUUGACUACAAUGAAGGAAAAGGGGGUAGUUGCAUUUGGAAAAGAAAAGUUCCGCAGAAUGUCAUCUAAAUUUUUUGCCAAUGGAAUGGAAGAAACUAACGUGUUAUUUAUGUGGAAAGGUCAGGUUCGUGAAUUUUGGAACGCUGAGUAUCUUCUGAGGAGUGUUGAUAUCUCAAGUAAUGAAUUGACAGGAGAAAUACCAAAAGAGUUAGGGUAUUUACUUGGAUUAGUUUCUGUGAAUUUAUCAAGAAACAACUUGAGCAGAGAAAUCCCUCCCGAGAUUGGAAAUUUAGAUUCGCUAGAAUUUCUUGACUUAUCAAGAAAUCAUUUAUCUGGCAGAAUUCCCUCUACUCUUGCCAAUAUUGAUCGUCUUACAGUCUUAGACUUAUCAAACAACAAUCUGAGUGGAAGAAUCCCUUGGGGAAGGCAGUUGCAAACCUUUGAAGCCUCUAGUUUUGAAGGAAAUAUUGGUCUUUGUGGUCAACAACUUAACAGAAGUUGUCCCGGAGAUAAGACAGCAAAACAGACUCAAGGAGAAGCAGUUGACAGUGAAAAUGACAAUUCAGAUAUCCAUGGAGGAUUAUACAUGAGCUUGGGACUGGGGUUCUUUACAGGCUUUUGGGGUUUACUAGCAUCAAUUCUACUUUGGAGACCAUGGAGAUUUGCUUACAUCACAUUCUUGAACAGACUGGUGGAAUAUAUACUUCUAAUGGUUGAACUGAACGUUGCGAAGUGUCACCGGUGGCUGGAAGGCUAG